AUGACUCUGCCACUGUCUACUGGUGUCAGUAGUCCACCCAUCACGUCUGACCGAUCGAUCGACCGCCGACUGCCCGACUCCUACCGUCCAGCAGCCGCCGGCCGGGCUCCGCUUCUACGAUCACCGAGCAGGGAACGGCGGAGGAAGCAACCCCGCCCCGGGCUCGCCAUGGGGCUCCACCAGCGGGACGACGCCGGGGGAAGCAGCGACAAGGGGAAGGCCGCGCACGCGACCGGCCGCGUGCCGCCGUGGACGGAGCAGCUGACGCUGCGCGGCCUGGUGGUGAGCGUGGCCGUCGGCACCAUGUACAGCGUCAUCGUGAUGAAGCUCAACCUCACCACGGGCCUCAACCCCACCCUCAACGUCUCCGCCGCGCUCAUCUCCUUCGUCAUGCUCCGGGGCUGGACGCAGGCGCUGGCCCGCCUGGGCCGCGUCGUCCGCCCGCUCACCCGCCAGGAGAACACCGUCGUGCAGACCUGCGCCGUCGCCUGCUACAGCAUCGGCGCCGCCGGUGGGUUCGGGUCCUACCUGCUCGGGCUCAACAAGAAGACCUACGAGAUGGCCGGGGUGGACAUGGAAGGCAACGUGGGCACCAAGGAGCCCGGCGUUGGGUGGAUGAUGGGCUUCCUCUUCGCCGUCGCCUUCGUCGGGAUUCUCGCGCUUGUCCCUCUCAGGAAGAUUUUGGUGAUCGACUACAAAUUAACUUACCCAAGCGGAACUGCAACUGCCGUGCUUAUAAAUGGAUUUCAUGCGUCCAAGGGAGAUGAUGUGGCAAAGAUGCAAGUGAAUGGAUUCACAAAAUACUUUGCAAUUAGCUUCUUCUGGAGCUUCUUCCAGUGGUUUUAUUCUGGUGGAGAUCAUUGUGGCUUUUCGCAAUUCCCCACUCUUGGACUACGAGCUUGGAAACAUUCGUUCUUCUUUGAUUUCAAUCUCACAUAUGUUGGGGCAGGGAUGAUUUGCCCCCACCUUGUGAAUAUAUCUCUCCUUCUUGGCUCUAUUCUCUCCUGGGGCGUAAUGUGGCCACUGAUUGCUGAUUUGAAAGGGAACUGGUAUCCGGCAGAAUUACCAGAAAGCAGCAUGAGAAGUCUGCAAGGUUACAAGGCCUUCAUUUGCAUAGCUCUCAUCCUAGGAGACGGCAUAUACAAUUUUACAAAGAUUAUUCUUAAGACCGUCAUGAGUAUGCUUGACAAAUCAAAACAGAAAAACGCAAAGAAUGGGGAAGAUACUCUGUCACUCGUUGAACAACAUCGCAAUGAAGUGUUUAUAAGAGACAGUCUCCCUAACUGGCUAGCCUUUUUGGGUUACUUUGCAUUAUCGGUCGUUGCUGUAAUCACUAUUCCCAGGAUGUUCCCUGAGUUGAAGUGGUACUAUGCUGUUGUAGCAUACCUAUUGGCUCCUGCUCUGGGUUUCUCCAAUGCCUAUGGAUCCGGUCUUACCGACAUCAACAUGGCCUUCAACUAUGGAAAAGUUGCCCUCCUCAUUCUUGCGGCCGCAGCUGGGAAAGAACAUGGCGUGGUUGCUGGGAUGGUAGGCUGUGGCAUGGUGAAGUGUAUGACGUCGAUAUCUGCUGAUCUGAUGCAGGACUUCAAAACUGGGCAUCUUACAUUAACAUCACCUAGAUCAAUGCUUAUCGCCCAGAUCAUCGGCACCGCCAUUGGUUGUGUCAUCUCACCGCUGACAUUCUAUGUGUUCUACAAUGCCUUUGACAUAGGCAACCAGGACAGCCCCUGGAAGGCGCCGUAUGCUCUGAUAUACCGAAACAUCGCGAUUCUUGGUGUGGAGGGCUUCUCUGCUCUGCCCAUGCAUUGCUUGCAGCUCUGCUGUGGAUUCUUUGCCUUUGCACUGGUGGCCAACCUGAUGAGGGAUUUCCUUCCACAGAAGUAUGGCAAAUGGGUCCCCUUGCCCAUGGCAAUGGGGUUCCCCUUCCUUGUCGGCGCGAGCUUCGCCAUCGACAUGUGUGCCGGGAGCUUGAUAGUCUACAUCUGGCACAAGAUUGACAGGAGCAAAGCAGCACAUAUGGUGCCAGCAGUUGCCUCCGGUUUUAUAUGUGGGGAUGGACUUUGGAUCUUCCCAGCUUCCUUGCUUGCGUUGGCCAAGAUCACCCCACCAAUGUGCAUGGCAUUUGCUUCUACACACUAG